AUGGCCACAAUGGCAGCAUUUGGAGCGUUAAAAGUUCCUUCAUCCUCCUCCUCUUCUUCUUCUUCCUCCUCCUCCUCUUCUUCUUCGAAUCUCAACCGUAGAGCAUCUCUUAGAAAGACUCUCUCUUUCUCGUCUUCUUCUCUCACAGGGGAGAAAGUUAAUUCCACGCAAGAGAUCAUCUCCAAUGUCCGUCGUACCACUAAUGACUCAAAUACCAGAAGAACACCAUCAAUUGUAUCACCAAAAGCAGUUUCAGAUUCGCAGAACUCACAAACCUGUCUUGAUCCUGAUGCUAGCAGAAGUGUGUUGGGGAUAAUUCUUGGAGGAGGAGCCGGAACAAGAUUAUACCCUCUGACGAAGAAGAGAGCGAAACCAGCUGUUCCUCUUGGAGCCAAUUAUCGACUAAUAGACAUUCCAGUGAGCAAUUGUUUGAACAGUAACAUCAAUAAGAUCUAUGUCCUCACUCAAUUCAACUCCGCCUCUCUGAAUCGACAUCUCUCACGAGCUUAUGCUAGUAACAUGGGUGGUUACAAGAACGAAGGCUUCGUUGAGGUUCUUGCUGCUCAACAAAGCCCAGAGAAUCCGAACUGGUUUCAGGGAACUGCUGAUGCAGUGAGGCAAUACUUGUGGUUAUUUGAAGAGCACAAUGUGUUGGAGUUCUUGGUGCUUGCUGGAGAUCAUUUGUACCGUAUGGAUUACGAGAAGUUCAUUCAAGCGCAUCGAGAAACCGACGCUGACAUCACUGUCGCUGCUCUUCCCAUGGAUGAGAAACGAGCUACGGCUUUCGGAUUGAUGAAGAUCGACGACGAAGGACGGAUUAUUGAGUUCGCUGAGAAGCCGAAAGGAGAGCAGUUGAAAGCUAUGAAGGUUGAUACAACGAUCUUAGGGCUUGAUGAUGAGAGAGCAAAAGAGAUGCCUUUUAUUGCUAGUAUGGGAAUAUACGUUGUUAGCAAGAAUGUCAUGUUGGACUUGCUCAGGGAGAAGUUUCCCGGAGCUAAUGACUUCGGGAGUGAAGUUAUCCCCGGUGCCACCGCGCUUGGACUGAGAGUGCAAGCUUAUCUUUACGAUGGGUAUUGGGAAGAUAUUGGUACCAUUGAGGCGUUUUACAAUGCCAAUCUUGGAAUCACCAAGAAACCUGUUCCGGAUUUCAGCUUUUAUGAUCGUUCAGCACCAAUCUACACACAGCCUAGGUACUUACCUCCAUCGAAGAUGCUUGAUGCUGACGUUACAGAUAGUGUGAUCGGUGAAGGUUGUGUUAUCAAGAACUGCAAGAUCCACCAUUCGGUGAUUGGUCUUCGUUCUUGCAUAUCGGAAGGUGCAAUCAUAGAGGACACCUUGUUGAUGGGUGCAGAUUACUACGAGACUGAUGCUGAUAGGACACUCCUAGCUGCAAAGGGAAGCAUUCCGAUUGGUAUUGGCCGAGACUCGCAUAUAAAAAGAGCAAUCAUUGACAAGAAUGCACGUAUUGGGGACAAUGUUAAGAUCAUCAACACGGACAACGUGCAAGAAGCUGCGAGGGAAACGGAUGGAUACUUUAUCAAGAGUGGCAUUGUUACAGUGAUCAAGGAUGCUUUGAUUCCUAGUGGAACCAUAAUCUAA